AUGCCCUCGGACGACCUUACAAAAUGGAUAACGUCCGAAGUCGACUUCUAUGCCCUUCUGGGCAUAACCCCCGAAUCUUUCACCGUUGACGAUCUCCGUCGCGCCUACCGUAAAACAGCCCUUCAAUACCACCCCGACAAACUGGGCGACGCCUUCGACGCCGAUAAAUACGAGCAAUUCCAAGCCGCGAACGAUGUGCUCGCAGACCCUGAAUCCAAACAAAAAUAUGACAAUUAUCGCAAUGCGCGGGUGCAAAAACAAAGGGCGGCGGCAUUAUUCGAGGGGAAGAGAAGAACCAUGAAAGAGGAUUUGGAGGCGCGAGAACGCGGGGGCAGUUUGGGGAAGAGAAGUAGAGAGGAUGAGGAGAUGGAUGUCGAGCUUAAAAAGUUGGCGGAGGAGGGCAGGAAGAGGAGGGUGAAGAGGGAGAGUAUGAUGUCAAACAAUGUGCCAUCACCUAACUCACCUCCCGUAGCGCCGUCACCUCAAGUGCAAUCGCAACCGCAGCCCCAAUCGCGCCCACAACCUUCAGCAUCUGCCACGUCCAAUUCAGAAGACGAAAAAGUAGCACGUCUCGAACGUCUAAUCGCCGAAGCCACCGCUGCAAAAGCGAAACGCAAGGCGGACAAAAAAGCUAGGAAAUCAGGCAAAUUGUCUGAUCCAGUCGCGGAUACUACUUUUAAUGCCAACUCGAAAUCAGCAUAUACCGGGGUGCAUGUCGUACCUUGUGUUACGCCCUAA